GCUUUGAUAUAAAUAAGGCUCAGAGGUAACUGGUAUCAUUACUCGCAACUUGAUUUCACAUCAUAAUGCCGCCAAAAGCUCCCGCAGGAAAAUCCGCAGGCAAGAAGGCCGUUAAGAAGCAAGUCGGGGAGGGCAAGAAGAAGAGAAAGGGAAGACGUAAGGAAAGCUAUUCUAUCUACAUCUACAAGGUGCUGAAGCAAGUCCACCCCGACACCGGUAUCUCGAGCAAGGCCAUGACCAUCAUGAACUCGUUCGUGAACGACAUCUUCGAGCGCAUCGCUGGUGAAGCCUCCCGCCUGGCGCACUACAACAAGAAGUCCACCAUCACGAGCAGGGAGAUCCAGACAGCCGUUCGUCUGCUUCUCCCCGGUGAGCUGGCCAAGCACGCCGUGAGCGAGGGAACCAAGGCAGUCACCAAGUACACCAGCAGCAAGUAAACGGCGCAAUCCGUGCUGCACCAAACAACGGCUCUUUUAGGAGCCACCCAGAUGAUACAAACGUCAUAGCCUCGUGUACUCUUUUAAGAGAACACUAUUCAAAAUCGGCGCGAAUACAGUAAAAGUCGAGCGUGCCUUUGAUUGACAGUCAAAAGUCAACCCCCCUUACUCGCGGAUUUCAAGCUUUGUUCGUAAAAAUAAAACAUCUCUGUGCACCUACGAGGACCAGUAUUCCCCUUAGACUAACUGAAUUACAAUACAUGCUUUCCAGAUACUAGAAAUAAAUCAGCUUAAAUUACUAUAGAGCUGUUUUCUAACAACUAUAACUAUAUAAAGUCGAAGAGACUCCUUUAAAAUUAAAAGAUUUAGGGGUCCCCUGAAUUAAAUAGAUAUAUGGCUUCAAUUUUGCAGUGUUUAGCGCAUACAUGUUCCACUGUGUCCGUCUUAGCAAAAAUAAAACGUUGGAUUAUAUUUUCUAUUGGGUAAGAUAAAAAUAAAACCGAUUUAGAAAGUGCAGCACAAUAUAUAGGUAGUUGAAUGUAGUCAAGAAUUCCGCAAUGAAUCAAAAUAUUAUAAGGGAUUUUAUCAAUAAACUUGCAGUAGUCUGAGUCA